UAUUAGCUAGCUUUUAAAAGUAAAAAUAAAAAGUAGCAAAUUCCUCAUAAAAAUAAAUUAUUCAUAAACAGAUUGUCUAAACGUCUAUGUGGUUCUAAAGUCCGUAUAAUUUCUUGCACCUUAACCUUUUGAGUGGUCCCCUUCAUUACACGGGGAUUGAGCUUAUUGAAUCGUUUCGUUAAAAUACGUAUUUAGAGAGUGCGGCUGUUAAAAAUGUAAAACAGUAAUAAAGAAAUAAAAAUAAAGUUCAAAAAAAACGAAAAAGAAAAAAAAAUCAAAAAAAUAUUGGGAUUUAAUGUUUAUCUAUUUUAAAUAAUUAAUAGCUAUAUAACUUUCGAAGGUGAAUCUUAUGUCUCAAAAAGAUUGUUUAUGAAACGUACAUGAAAUUGACAAGAGACAGCUGCCAUUUUUACUGCAGCAAAUAAAUAAAUUAAUAAUUAAUGUCCCGGCUUGAGAUGGCUUUUUAAAAUCGUCAAUCUUCAACAUAGAAAUAAUUUUUUUUAGUAAAUCUAUGCAAUAGAAUUUUAAGCAGAAAAAGAAAAUUCAACCCGCAGUUAGCGAACCAUUAUUGUUAAGUCAAUAAAAACGGACUCUUCACUCAAACGAAAUCAUUCACUGCUAAAAAUAAAAUAAAUAAAAAAUACAAGAACGUUUUUUAAUCUGACAGAAAGAAAAGAGCGCGAACGAAGAAAAGAACGUUAGUGACAGUUGUAAAUUUCAUAUGCUGAAAUUUAUUUAAUUGUUCCUCAAAAAAUGACAAAAUUCUUAUUGGCUUGCAUUUUAUUUUCAACAUUGACAAUCCAUUGUUUUGGUGAACCAAUCAAAAACACGCCUGAAGAAUACAUUGGUUGCUACCAGGAAGGAGAGGAUGACAGUUUAUUUAUUCACACACCUGGAGAUUACAUCCCCAGUGAGUUGAGUCCUAUAUCAUGCAUGAUAGCAUGUGGGAAGAAUUGGCUCUUUGCUGGCAUCAAACAUGGCAAGUUGUGUCUCUGUACAAGUAGGCAGCCUGCAAAGUAUUUGAAUGAUGCGGAAUGCUCCUCACCAUGUCCUGGAACAGGUAAUCAAACACACUCAUCUUGUGGAGGAGUUAAUCGAAUAAGUGUUUAUGAUGUUCGUAAAAGAAUUUUCGACUUGAAAUUACACAAACAAAAUGAUGUAACAGUAUACAAAGAUACUAAAAUUAAUGCGGAGGUGUUUCACGGAGAAGGUGCGGCGUUUCAGUUUAAAACAGGUGAUGGUACAACAGUUUAUCCAGAAAGUUCCACAAGCCCUGCUGUUACCUAUGUUUACAGUCAACCAGGCAGCUUCAAGGUUAGUGUUGAAGCACAUAAUAACAUAUCUGAACCACAUAUUGCAGAAGAAAUCAUUGAAGUGACUGAUCCACUUGUAUCAGAUGCAACUAUUUCAUGCUCACCAUCGCAAGUGUUUGGCAAGGAUUUAGAAUGUACUGGUUCAUUUAAAAGAGGGUCACCAUUGAUAACGGUAUUUACAUUUGGAGAUGGAAUAUCUGAAGAAGUCAUUGCAAAUGUGAUUUAUGGUUCUGUUGGCAAUAAAAGAACUGCUCGUGGAACACAUUCACCAAUGAACAAAAGACCAACAAUAAUAAUGCCACAUCUUUACUUUAAAUAUGACAGUGAAGUAUAUGCAUGGGAAUUCGAGACCAUUUUGCAAGGAGAUAUAUAUUUGCAGAUCUUUCGUCCAAAAUGUGAUAGUGGAAAAGUUUAUUGUGAACAGAAGCAAAUGUGUGCAAGUGAUGGUGCUUCGUGUAACACACUACAUGAAUUGAGAUGUCAAGCUGAUGAGUUUUAUUGUUUCAAAACUGAAAGGUGUAUCCCAUUAUCUGGAAUAUGUCCUUCGAAGAAGGCUCAAACUAGUUUUAAUGUUGAUUUCUCAUUAGUAAAGCAGACAAAAUACACAAUUAAAUCACUUGGUCAUCAAUUUCUUAAGCUUCAGGAACCAAUGAUUGCAAAGAAAGGUGAUGUAAUAGGUUGGACUUCAAAAGGGGGAGAAAUAAGUUUCACAGGAGACAACAACAAUAUCGAGUUUAUGUAUGACUCUGGAAAGGAAGAUUACAUUCAUUCCAACUCUGAAUCACAGAAUUGGUAUCACAUGAUGAGUGCCCAUUUUAUCAAUCCAUCUCAGUUUUUGUUGCGUCAUAACUAUACUUCACAUGGUGCAUAUUACAUCACAUCAAACCGCACCACACCUCGGCUUGUAUAUGUUGACAUUCCCAUUGACAAAAUAAAUAUCCAAUGCCCACCCUAUAAAUUUAGCAGUCAGGAGUUUACCGUUAAUAUAGAUACACACAUCGGGACCAAUAUAACAUAUUUUUUUGAGUUUGGAAACAGUACUUUCAUUAGUGUCAAAUACUAUCCUGUAACUCACGCAUAUCAUGUUCCUGGAAUAUACAAAAUUAAAGUUACUGCAUUCAAUUCCGUUUCAAGAAUAUCUGAUCUGUGUUCUGUGAAGAUCUAUGAUGAUAUAGAAGGACUUUCUGUGACUGAGGCAAUAAAACCAGUAGCUGUGGGAAGCGAAAGUCACAUUAAAUGGUGUGUGAGGAAAGGAACCAAUGUUAGCUAUCAUAUUAAUUUUGGUGAUGGAUCACCUAAUUAUAUGAUUAAUCCUACAUUUCAGUAUUGUAAUAACAUCAAACAUAAAUAUGAUAGAGAAGGAUAUUAUUCCAUUACCAUUAAUGCUACAAAUAAUAUAGGCAGUGUUAAAACUACUUCUGCCAAAGCUUUAGUUGAAAUUCCAAUCACUGGUCUGGCUGCAUUUACAAACCACCUUCAUCUGACUGGUAAUGUUUAUCUUUGGUUAAAGGAUCCUAUUGACUUAAGUGUGCUUUACACUCAAGGUUCUAAUAUAGUCUGUCGUUAUAAUUUCAAUGAUAGUGACAUUGUUGUUGAAACGAAAAACACAACAUUGAAGUAUUUCUACAAGAAAACUGGAACAUUCCGAACAUCUGUUACAUGCUUUAACUCGAUAUCACAAGCUGAAACUAUAGCUAAUGGUACAAUUGUAGUUGAAGAAAAAGAAAUCAUAACAGGUUUAAAGGUGAUAACGCAAGGAACUGUUUUCGGAAAGAAAUCUUUUAUUUCCGCAAGUAUGGAAGAGGGAACGCUUUUUAUUUGUGAAUGGGAUCUAGGUGACGGGACAAGGAUUACAGUUGACAAAUCACAAUUUAGUGAUGUAUUGAAUCAUAGUUACAGUAUGGUUGGUGAUUACAAAGUUUCCAUUUCCUGUAAAAAUCCAAAUGGUGUUGCCAAUGCCUCGUCUGUGCAGGCUGUGGAAAAACCAAUCAGUGGUUUCGCCAUACAGUGUCCAAACCCACACUUCCUCACUGUCAACAAAGAACACAAUUUCUCCAUUUACACAUCAGAAGGUUCAAAAUUAUCAUACGCUGUAGACUUUGGUGAUGGUAAUAAUCAAACAUUCGCAAGCUCAAUGCUUUUAGAAGGUACCAUAGUAAAACAUCAAUACAAAAAGCCAGGACACUACAAUGUUACAACAUAUGCAUGGAAUUUAAUUGACAAAAAGAAAGACCACUGUGAUGAUUUCAUGAUUGCUGAGCAUCCAGUAAAGGAUAUCCUUAUUUCAACUAACAGCCCACUAAGAUUUAAACCAGGAGAGGUGCUUUUUUACUUAAAGGCACAUAAUGAUGUUCCUUUACCAACAAAUGCAUUAUUAAAAUGGGAUUUUGGAAAUGGACAUACAUACACUGUUCCUCUUGUGCCACCGAAAGAAGACAAAAUAAUUCGAAUGUAUAAAUACGAUAUCCCUGGUAUAUAUGCUGGCUCAGUAACAAUCUACAACAACGUAAGCUCAAAAAAGUUCCCAUUUACAAUAGAUGUACAAAAAAUUAUUCCCAUAAAAAUCACAGGCUUCCGUAAAAACAGCAGUGUAUUUGUUCCUGGUUUUGGUUCCAAUCGCAUGUAUUUUCCAUUGGAGGACAUCAUAAAGUUUAAUGUAACCACUCAGAAGAAAGACAAGCUUUAUACCUUUGAUUUUGGUGAUGGCACUGAAACUAAAUCAAGUAUAAGUAAUUCAUACGAGCGUAAAUAUGCAACUCCAGGUAAAUUCAAUGUCAGUGUCCGUGUUGCCAAUAUUCUUGGUGUGUUUGAAAGUCACACAGAGGUGCAUGUUCAGGAAAGUAUUCAAGAUAUGAAGUUCAAUGUCACACCAACUGUUUUAUUUGGCAGCUCAGUUCAAGUAAAUAUAACUGCAAAGACAUAUGGAACGGACACCUGUGCAAAGAUUGACUUUGGUGACAACUGCGUUUACAUCAUUAACCGAAAUAAUUGCAGAUUUAUUGAAUUUAAUCAGAAAAAAAACUUCACUUUCAUUCAAGCAAAAAGUGAUAGCCCUAUUCAACUCGAACAUUUUUACAACUCAUCCAAGGGAUGGCAUAAUGUAUCUGUCCAUGUUUCAAACAAAGUCAGUGUUUAUUUUGCAAUAUCUCAACUUUACGUGAAUUACAUACCAUGCCCAAAUCCUGUAGCGAUAAUAUCAGACAAUAGCAACCAGACUUUUCCAAAGCGUUUGAUGAGAAGUUUUGGGUUUGUAUUACAAUCAAACGUCACGCUAGACUGCAACAAGGCUGACAAUGUCACCUUAUGGUGGAAGGUAUUCACAGUUGGUAAUGACACUCCAAUAGCUUUGCCGAACAACUAUGGCUUUCAUAGACUGAAAAUGCCAUUUACUAGGAAGCCAGGAACAUUAGAUCCGACUGUGUUAGAAUUACCAGAAAAUACUUUGCCGUAUGGCUUGCUGCGCAUUGAAUUGAAUGUUGCUUAUGAAAGUGACAGAGAGAAUUUGGAAGGUAUUAAUUCAACGGAUACAGCUUGGUUUGAAAUAACUCCUUCAAACUUGAAGGCUUCCAUUAUAGGUGGAGUGCGACGAGCUGUAGGAUUUGAUGUCAAUGUUCCAUUUGAUGCAUCAAGAAGUUAUGACCCUGACAACCUACAAGCAAACAGAAGCGUUCCAUUUGAAUACGAGUGGUACUGCAGACGGCAUGAUGAGGAGUUUCCAGAACGUUUUGAUACAGUGCAACCUGAUAAUGAUACUGCAGGGUGUUUUAAAAAUGGAAAAUUUCGAUUAUACAAAGGCGUUGCAAACUUGAGACAUCUAAAGGCUGAUGGUAGUCAAAUCUCAAUCAAAACCAGUUUGGUCAAGGGAGCGAUGUAUGUGAUGCGAGUUUAUGUAAAGAAAGGUGAAAGAAGAGGAAUAUUUGAUCAAGAAUUUAAAAUUCUCAACGGUGUUCCACCGUCACUUGAAAUUCAAUGCUCAUUCAAUUGUUAUGAAAAGCUAAGUCCAACAGAUCCGCUGAAAAUUCAAAGUCUGUGUUCAAACUGCAACUCAACCACAGCCGUAUUCUACCGCUGGCGAAUGUAUCUAUUAAAUGAAAGCACAGAUGCAAAUGGCGCACGUUUCGAUGAAGAGAUUGAAAUUAAAGAUCUUGAAUCGAAAACUACAACAUCCUUAACCAAUGCGAAUAUCGCUUUGAAAGGAAAUGUGCUAGAGUUUGGCAGCAAUUAUAUCUUGCGUGUCAUGGCUCGGAUGAUGGGAAGUGAUCCUGAAGCAGGUGGGUUUAGUGAUUUUCGAUUUACCGUUAACCGACCUCCUUCUGGUGGAUUUUGUGAAGUUUCACCACGUGAAGGUGUUACUUUGUCUACCAUGUUUGAAAUAAAAUGCGAUGCAUGGUUUGAUGAAGAUACUCCGAUAAAAUACAAAAUUGACACCCUUCGAGGUGGCGAACGACAGAAUAUGUAUACUGGCUUCGAGCGUGAAGUUUCAAUGAUACUUCCGAUCGGUCAGGAGGAAGACAAUUAUGAAUACGAGCUUAUCGUUACAGUGGAAGAUCAUUUUGCGUUUGGUGUUUCCAAGAAUUUUAAAGUCAAGAACCUUCGUGAGCCAAAGGAGAAUACACAGAAAUUUGCUCAUCGCUAUUCGCAGCUACCAUCUUUGCUUCAAAGAAAGGCAGACCGCGAGUAUUAUACUAGGCUAGCCGUAUUCCCGUGGAAGAACCCACGGGGUCGUCCGUCUUUAAAUUACACGCUAUUUCGUGAGCCUGUUGUUACAGAGCCAGAUAGCGUGGAUUUCGAUGCUGUUUCCAAUGAUCUUGAAUCAUUGGCUGCACAGGGAAAUUUGCAAGUAUUGUCUCGUCUAGCGUUUGCUGCCGGUUCGUUGAUGAAUAAAAAAAAUCGAAAGUCAAAAACAACCCCCGAUGAUGCAAAGCAGACACGUGAGAAGUUAAUUCGUUCGAUGAACAAAGCAAAAGCAUGUAGCUUGAGUGAGAUCAAACAAAUGGGCGGGGUGCAGGCGGAGCUCACCAAAAGUACUGACGAAGUUUCAGAAGAGGCGCAGAAAGAAUCAAGCAACGCGUUAGAUGCUAUGUCUGACUGCAUGCUACAAGCAAGUGGAGUCGACCCAGAGAUGAGCAGCACUGCGGAGAGCAUGUUUUUAGCUUCGUCUAAUGUAUUGAACGCUGAAACGGCUAAUAAAAAGAACGUCAGUAACACCACCAGUAAGAACAACGCAGACAAAGCUAUGGAUACCAUUAACAAAGUGGGCGGUGCUCUGAUGCGGCAGCUAGUUGCUGGAGAUACGCCCAAAACCAUUCGGGCUGGCAACAUGGACAUUGAGAUGGCACAAGUGGGAGACAACGCUGAUGAGGACGAAACAGGUUUCCAAAUACCGGAAAUUAAAUAUAUUCUUGGAAAUCAAAGUCUUAUUGAAGUGACUGGGAAACGCCCUUCAAUUGGUGCAAUGGUAACAUCGACGGGUAACAAUCCUUACCAAGGCGCUGAUGGUGCUGAUGACGUCGAAUCGGAUGUAAUGGGACUUGCUUUAAGCGGACCUGAUGGAAGCCCUAUGGAUUUGUCCGGACAAGAAAUGACAAUGUUUGUGAAGCGAGACUUAACCAAUGAUAUUCCACCAAUCAAAUACAAGUACGACACUGAGCAAGGCGCUAUGAAGGUACACCGGGUCAAUUUCACAUCAAACAUAAGUUACACCGCUAUUGAGAUUCGCCCUAUUGAUCCUGAUACAGUAAUCCAUGUGUAUAUAAGUCACGAACGAAGACCGACCGUAUCAAAUGCUGUCACAAACUAUACACAGGUGACUUUGAAAGCAGCCAACCAAACUUUGCCAGAUCCAUUUAUAUGGCUCUUCUCCACAGAUGAUUUAAACGGAACUGGGGAGUAUUACAUUGGUGUAAAAAUGACGCCUAGUCGAAAGGACAUCUUUGCUAAGUAUGAAUAUGACCCAACGAUGGAGUAUACUUUAAGAACGUGGGAAACUUUAUGUAAAAUUUGGGAUGAAGAGGAAAAGGUCUUUACAACUAGUGGUUGCCGGGUUGGACCGAAAACUACUUUUAAUAAAACACAUUGCAUCUGUAAGGUGGGAGGAGAAGACCAAGAAGCGCCAUACCAAACCCCAAUGUUUUCACCCAACGCAACCAACACCACCACCUCCACCACCACAACUACUGCAGUUCCCACAACUGCGGCUGCACGGACGUCACGCAAGAAAAAAAUAACAAGAGCGACGUUUGCUGGUGGUUUUUUCGUCAUGCCGAAUCCAAUUGAUUUCUCGAAAGCUUUCGCUGGUUUCGCUAAUCUUGCCGAAAAUCCCGUCGCAUUUGCUACCGUACUGUCAAUCCUUGGCGCGUAUUUGAUCCUGUUGUUUUGGGCGAGACGGGAAGAUAGAAAAGACAUCGAGAGGGCUGGAGUUACACCACUUGUUGAAAAUGAUCCGUCCGAUCGGCAGUUUUACGAGAUUACCGUUUACACUGGCUUUACUUCAUCAGCUGCUACCACUGCUAACGUCUUCUUUCAACUUUCCGGUGACGAGGAUCAAACGGAAGUAAGGCAACUUAAAGAUGAGAAUCGGAAAAUAUUUCAAAAAAGAGGACAGGACGUUUUUCUAGCUAGUUUUCCAGACACCGUUGGUGACCUGCAAUACUUAAGAAUAUGGCAUGAUAAUACAGGCAAAAAUCCAUCAUGGUACCUUAGUCGUGUGAUGGUACACGAUCUGAACGCUGACCGAAAGUAUCUCUUCCUAAACGAUAACGCUAUAGCUGUGGAAGAGGGUGAUGGCUCUUUGGAACGCCUUCUCGCCAUCGCUGGUCCUGAGGACAUGAAAAGUUUUAACCACUUGUUUUUCUCUACGACACAAAAGAAUAUAACUGAUAGUCACAUAUGGUUUAGCGUGUUUAUACGACCACCGAAAUCGAGGUUUACACGUGUUCAACGUUUAUCGUGUUGUUUAACCUUGUUAUACUGUACUAUGGUUACAAACGCUAUGUUUUAUCAAGUGGGAGGAGAGGCUGAUCCGUCAACAACAAUACACGUGGGUCCUUUUGCAUUCUCUCCGUCGCAGAUCGGAAUUGGAAUUAUGACAAGUUUGAUCAUUUUUCCAGUGAAUAUCCUGAUUGUAGGUGUAUUUAGAAGUCUGGGACCAAAACCUACACGGGAAGAAAUGGCGAAAAAGAAAGCCAUCAAUUGGUGGUGGGUGUAUGAGUUGUUCUUUUGUUGUCCAAGAAAACAGAAAAGCGAAUUUAUUGACAUCAUUAGUUCUAUAAAGGAAAAAGAUGACAAUUUAUCACGCCCUGUGAGCAGGCUUGGCGUAUUAAACCAAUCGAAUACAGUAGAUGAAAUCGGCUUCAAGAUGGAAACACCGGCUCAAGAAAAACAAAGAGAAGAAAAGAAAUUGAAGAUGAAGAAGCAGAAGAAGAAAUUACCUUACUGGAUGAAGUACUUUGCAUGGACCCUACUCAUCUUGACGUCAUUCACUUCUGCAUUUUUUGUUGUCUUGUAUGGAUUCCAGUUUGGCAAAGAAAAAUCGGCGCAGUGGAUUUCCGCUUUGUUUGUCUCGUUUUUCCAAGAUGUGUGCGUGUCUCAACCAAUCAAGAUUUUGGGAUUGGCCUUGUUUAUUGCAUUGAUUGUCAAGAAGCCUGCUGAAGAUGAUGAUGAAGAGGAAGGGGAAGCGAAUAAGAAGCAGAUUGAUGAGGAAUAUGUAGGACGUGAUAACCAAGAUGUUGACAGAAAGAGGCCUGAGAAGAAAGACAUUAUUAGAUUCCAACCUCCUUCAAGGGAAAAGAUUGCAGCACUGAGAUCGUUCAGAUUGAAAGAACUAAAAAUGUACAGCUUACUUCGUGAUUUGUUCAUCUAUCUUGUGUUUGUUGUCGCAUUAUGUCAAGUCACAUAUUCCCAUCUUGAUCCGCAGUCCUACCAUGUGCGGAAAAGCAUGGAAGAUAUUUUUAUCCAUGGAGAUUAUGGUAUGCAUAAUACUGCGAAAGGGAAAUUUCCUUUCACAAAGAUUCAAGAUGUGAAUGACAUUUGGAAGUGGUUGCAAGAGACAGUUGUACGUGGUUUGUAUGCCUCUAGAUGGUACAAUAGCGACUCCCAUGUACCAGGUUUUGUUAGUGAUCAUUACAGUAACUUGUUUGGUGGAUCGAGACUGAGACAACUACGAAUUAAAAGGGAUACAUGUAAAGUUCACAAGGAUUUUAAAGACAUGAUACCGGGUUGUCACGAUUGGUAUUCGUGGAGUAAAGAGGACGAAGGAAGAUACGAACCAAGUUGGCUUCCAAUCAAAAAUGAAUCUGAACAUGAACCAAGCAAAUAUUACCAAUCGUGGGAGUAUCAGGCAUCAGAUCAAUUGGACACAUACCCGUUUGCAGGUUCCAUCACAGCUUACCGCGGUGGCGGUUACGUUGGAGACAUGGGUAAAGAUCCACAGAAAUCUCAAGCCUUACUUAGUCAUUUAUAUCAAAACAAAUGGCUCGAUGAACAAACGCGUGCAGUGUUUCUAGAAGUAACCGUAUACAACGCGCAAGUUAAUUUGUUCGCCAUUAUGAACUUUGUUGUGGAGAUCUUACCCACGAAUGGGGUGGAGUUGUUUUCAAGUAUCAAGAUUGCUCGUCUGUACACGUUCGGGGGAAGUACAGAAAGCUUUACUCUCGCCUGUCAGUUCUUCGUGAUGUUAUUUUUUGCGAUCUCAGUAUACAGAGAAGGAAAAAAGAUCUACAGAGAGAGGAAGGCAUAUUUUAAGGGUUUUUGGAAUCUGCUGGAAUUCGCAACGAUUGUCUUAGUCAUUUCAACAAUCGGUGUGUUCUUUUCCCGUAUGAUGUUGGUUAAUCGAGCCAUCGGGAAAAUCGAAAAGCAUCCUGGGGCUUUUGUUAGCUUUAACAAAGUCACGCAAUGGGAUGUGUUGUUCUCGGGCUUAACUUCGGUAAUCGUUCUUCUUUCUUGUAUCAAAUCGAUUCGAUUACUACAGUACAACAAAACAAUAUCUCUUUUGGCUUCAACUCUAAAGGGAUGCGCCAAACCUCUUGCAGCUUUCUUUGUCGUUUUCUUCAUUUUCUUCAUUGCUUUCACAACUCUCGCUUAUCUUUUAUUUGUGCCUCACCUACCUGAUUAUAAAAGUUACCUUACGGCUACCGAGUCCGUGAUGUCGUUGCUGCUUGGCGGGUUUUCGUUUGGAGAAAUUGAGAACGCCAAGCCUAUAUUCGGUCGGAUUUGGUUUGUGUUGAUCAUGCUUUUCGGUGUUAUGUAUAUUAUGAAUGUAUUUCUGUCAAUCAUCAUGGAAACCUACGCUGCGGUGAAGGACGAUUUGUCGAUGCAAAGUCAAGAAUACGAGCUAGUAGAUUUCAUGAUAUCGAAAUUUAAGCACAUCAUUGGUAAAGGAGACGGCGGCCGAAAAGCAAUAAUGGAAAGGUUUGACAAAGAAGAGCAAAAACAGCGCGAAGAUAAUUUCAAUGCGAAGAAAAAAAAGAAGCGCUUUGAUAAAAAGGUUUCUGUUCCAAAGAGAAAGAAAUACUACCAGUUUAUCGACGAAGAAAUUGAAAUGAAGUUUGCUCAGCUCGAUGAUUCAUUAAACGAUAUCUGGGAGGGUCAGUGUGAAGAGGAUGGUUUUGGUCGGGCAACUGAGACACGUCAAAGUGGUGGCGCAUAUGUAAACCCAAGUUUUGAAUAUCAAGAAAUUCACGAUGAACUUUUGAUGAAACAGGAUUUAAGAGACGAGCUUGAAAAGUGGAUGUAGAAAAGAAACUUUUUUUUGAGUUUUUAAAAAAUUAUUUCCUAAAUUUUUAAACCUUCCAGAGACAUACCCAGCGGGUCUUGGAUGCCAGUGUACCGUUUAGCCGCUUAAACUCAAUCGCCCAAAAACGAAAUAAUAAAAAUUUAAACUGAAAAUUGUUUUUAAGAGGUAUUUUGCAGUGUUGUGAAGUGCUGAAGUAGCAGAGCAUGAUCGGUCAAGCUUCCGUUCCCGCUCGAGUUUUUUUUUUUUUCUUUCAAAAUAUCUGCAACACUUAGAAAACUUUUUUUUCGUUUGACGACACAGCUU